CGUCACGUCCGGGCCUUGAUAUUCGUGGUUGUGGGUCACGCGCGAUGAAGUGCGUGUUUGUUACUGUAGGGACCACCAGCUUUGACGACCUUAUUGCAUGUGUGUCGGCGCCCGACAGUUUGCAAAUAAUCCAGAGCCUCGGUUACAACCGACUUGUCCUACAAAUAGGUAAAGGAAAGGUGGUACCUGAACCAUUCAGCACGGAGUCAUUUAUUCUGGAUGUUUACAGAUACAAGGAUUCAUUGAAAGAAGACCUUCAGAAAGCAGAUCUUGUUAUUAGUCACGCCGGUGCAGGAAGCUGUUUGGAGACUCUGGAAGAAAGAAAGCCACUCAUAGUGGUUAUAAAUGAAAAGUUGAUGAACAAUCAUCAGCUGGAAUUGGCAAAGCAGCUACACAAAGACGGGCAUCUCUUCUACUGUACCUGCAGCAUGCUUCCUGGGCUGUUACAGUCAAUGGACUUUUCAACACUGAAAUGUUUUCCUCCUGGCCAGCCAGAAAAAUUUUCUGCAUUUUUGGAUAAAGUUUAUGCAGUUCCUCUUUAUAAUAAUUAUGCAAGAAUCAGGAGACAAUAUAUAGUUCUAGUUCUAGUACUAUUGCCAAUUGGAUGUGAAAACUUGGGGUCCCGACUUAUCCUGGGCCAGCCCUUUGCUUCUCCUGCUCCUGAGAAGUGCCAAGAUUGUGCAGCGCUGACUCCAACUGCCUUCUCGUGCCUAGACUUUGGGCUGCUUUCUGGAUACCUGCAUAAGCAAGCCCUGUCACUGCUACCCAUUCCUACCUGCACCCUUCUUUUUCUUUUUCCUUUUCCUUCUUGCCACACCUGUGUUACUUUCUCCCCCUCCCCAACUCCACCCCCUGUGCAAAUGCAUAAAGGAUGGAAAAAGUACUGCGGCCAGAAGUCUCUGAAUGAGGCAUCAAUGGAUGAAUACUUAGGCAGCUUAGGGCUGUUUCGAAAGCUGACUGCCAAGGAUGCCUCUUGCCUCUUUCGGGCUAUUUCGGAGCAGUUGUUUUGCAGCCAGGUCCAUCACUUGGAAAUCAGGAAGGCUUGUGUCUCAUAUAUGAGAGAAAAUCAACAAACUUUUGAGUCUUAUGUGGAGGGAUCUUUUGAGAAAUACCUGGAACGGUUGGGAGAUCCCAAGGAAAGUGCUGGCCAUCUGGAAAUAAGAGCUCUUUCUCUAAUUUAUAAUCGGGAUUUCAUUCUUUAUCGCUAUCCUGGCAGGCCUCCAACUCAUGUCACAGAUAAUGGCUAUGAAGACAAGAUUCUACUCUGCUGUUCAAGUAAUGGUCAUUACGAUUCAGUGUACUCAAAACAAUUUCAGUCAAGUGCAGCUGUUUGUCAAGCUGUAUUGUAUGAAAUUCUCUAUAAAGAUGUGUUUGUUGUGGAUGAAGAAGAGCUGAAGACUGCAGUUAAGUUGUUUCGAAGUGGUUCCAAGAAGAACAGGAACAGUGCUGUGACUAGCAGUGGGGAUGUCCGUAUUGACUACAAGAGUUCAACUCAGGAUAGGACUGAAGAGUGGGGUGCCUGCUGCAAUGUUGAAAAUAUACCAGAGGGGUACAAUCAAGGAACAGAAGAAGCAAAGACUCCAGAAAAUCCAUCAAAGAUGCUCUUCCCUUAUAAGGUGCUCAAAGCCCUGGAUCCAGAAAUCUAUCGUAAUGUAGAAUUUGAUGUUUGGCUGGACAGCAGAAAAGAACUUCAAAAAUCUGAUUAUAUGGAGUAUGCUGGGAGACAGUACUAUUUGGGAGACAAAUGUCAGGUUCAUUUGGAAUCAGGCGGAAGAUAUUAUAAUGCUCAUAUUCAGGAAGUUGGAAAUGAAAGCAGUUCUGUAACAGUCUUCAUUGAAGAAUUGGCAGAAAAGUAUGUUGUUCCACUGGCUAACUUAAAACCAGUUACACAAGUGACACCUGGUCCUGCCGGGAAUGUUAUACCCAGUAGGAAAGGAAGAGGUUACCAGAAAAUUUCCUGGGGCUGUGUCCCAGAAAUGGCUAUGUCAGAGAUGGACAUGAAGCAACGGAGGAAGAUGUUCAAGAAAAUUAGAGGGAAAGAGGUUUAUAUGACUAUGGCUUACAGCAGGGGAGACCCCCUCCUCCCACCCAGGCUUCAGCACAGUAUGCGUUAUGGGCAUGAUUCUCCAAUGCACUACUCACAGACGGCUGGCGGUGUUACGUCUAAUGAACAUUUUCACCCUCAACAUUCAUCUCAGGGACAAGGUCGGGGAUAUGGGAUGCCCAGAGAUUCACCUCGCUUUAUAAACAGGCACAACAUGGCAAGCCCUAAAGUUGCUUUUUACCCUGGCCCAGGUAAAAGGUGCUGCCAGAGCUAUGAUAACUUCUCUUAUAGAUCUCGUUCCUUUAGACGUAGUCACCGCCAGAUGCAUUGUAUGAAUAAGGAGUGCCAGUUUAGCUUUGUUCCAGAGAAUGGACAGAUACCCAGGGGCUUGGAAGAAACCAUUACUUUUUAUGAAGUUGAAGAAGGGGAUGAGACUGCUUAUCCAACUUUACCUAAUCAUGGAGGGCCCUCUACAAUGGUUCCUGCUACUUCGAGAUACCAUGUUGCAAGGCGAGGACAUAGCUCAGGCAAACAGACUCUGAAUUCAGAGGAAGGUGAUGGCCAGAAUGACAAUGGGGGAUAUCAUGAAGAAUAUAUUUAUCCUUCAGAACAAGACUAUGAAACUUCAGGUGUUUACAGCACAACUGAAUCUACAGCAAACUUGUCUCUUCAGGAUAGAAGACCAUGUUCUAUGUCUCCUCAUGAUACAGUUACCUCAUACAACUACCCCCAGAAGGUGGUGAUGGUGAAUUCUGCAGCAGUUGCAGCUUCCUGUGCAAAUAUUGUUCCAGCUCCAGUCUUACCGAACUGUGCAGCAGCUAAUCAAGCUAGUAGUACCGCUUCAAUUUCCUCACAGAAUGCUAUACAGCCUCUAUUUGUAUCUCCGCCUACACAAGGCAGGCCAGUGAUUGCUUCAGCAUCCUAUCCAUACCUGGCUGCUCCUAUUCCUGCUGUGGCUGCCACUCUACCACCUCCACCUCCUCCACCACCACCUCCUCCUCCUUCUUCUCUUGAGGUGACAGACACUUCAAACUUACCAUCACUACCUCCACCUUAUUCCUGUGAUCCAUGUGGCAGUGAUCUGCCUCAAGAUGCAAAAGUUUUGCAGUACUAUUUCAAUCUGGGAUUGCAGUGCUAUCACCACAGCUUGUGGCACUCCAUGGUCUGUAUGCCACAGAUGCAGGAGCAGCAGCAGCUUCAUGUAGAGAAUUAUCCAGUCUGUACUGAGCCGUCACCUCUGGUGAAUCAAACCAUUCCUCAAUUAUACAGUGAGGUGGGGAGACAAGAUGGCACACAGGCAGAUGUAUCAGCACAUGGUACUUUUCCAAAUGCUGACCCUGCAUCUGUCCCUCAUGGAGCAUUCUAUUAUCCAGUGAUGUCAGAUCCCUGUGGGCAGCGACCUUUGCCAGGUUUUGAUUCCUGCCUUCCUGUUGUGCCAGAUUAUCCCUGUGUUGCCCCCUGGCAUCCAGUCAGUGCAGCAUAUGUUGGUUCUCAAAUUCGUGGUGCUAUGAGUCCUGGGCCACUUGCCUAUAUUGCUUCACCUCCCUCACCUUCUCAUUGUGUACCUCAGAAUAUGUAAGAUUCAGCAGUAUGACGUGUUCUUGCACUGCCAUUUUUCUUGUUGUUUGGUUUUUAAAAAGUGUUUUAUGUUAGUGUUUAAGUGAUUUAGAGUGGUUAGAGUGGUUACUGUUGUAUCUGUCUUUAAGAUUAUUUUAUCUUUUGAUUUAAAACAGUACUUUAAAAUAAAGGAAUAUUUCUUUGGGUUGUGAAUAAGGGCAUUGAGAUGAAUGUACAACUAGCCCCAUAUUUGAGCAUAUUUCAUUGUAUUCAGCUGUUUUCCUGUCAGCCAACUUGUCAACUUUGUAUUAGCUGAUGGUACCAAUUGAUAAAUGGAGUAAAUCUUACGAACUAUUGCCUUGGUUCCGAUGUCACACAUAAUAUUAAACCAUGCAAAAUUGGAAAAACUACUUUUUCCUAGAAAAUGAAACAACAAAACCAAGAGCAUUUGCUUCUGGGUAACUAGCUUAAUAUUAAGUGAGAGUGCUCUUCAGGUUUCUUAAGAAUUGUCUGAUCUGAGUUGUGUUCUUUGAUAUUAAUCAGUUCUGAAGGCACAUGAUGCUCUGCUUUAGAUUUAUCCCAUGUUCUGUUGUUUAAUAUUGGACUUAUGUAACCAUUUUCCUGCACAGUAUUGAUGUCCUUUGCACAUUUAGCAGUAAAUAAAAAUUAGCAUUUAAAAUUGC